GGCUUCGCGCACCAUUUGAUUAAUCGAUUUUUAUUCCUGCCCGUGAAGCUUACUGUAUGUCCCAGUCGUUAACCCCGACGAUGAAUUGAUGUUUAGUUGUACAGUAACUUUUAACAAUACGAUCCUUUCCAUCUCCAGCCAGCAACCAGAUGAGUUCAGGAGCGACAGUGACUCAUUCUCCCUAUUAUGGCGAAGCCACAAUAGAUAAUUUUGGGGAAAUGUUUAUAUCCACAUUUUGAUGGUUUUAUCAGGAUUUUCUCGGACCUUCUCAGAUAUCAGUUCUGGAGAUGGAAGCCUCAGUAGAUCCCUUCAGGAUAAUAAUCAAAACCCUACAAUGAACAGAGCUUUUGGAAUUUCGAGAGGCAAACCUAAUUCUAAAACUCCAACGAGAACGCCAUCUCGCAGUGGCCUAGUCUCAGAUGAUUCAAGUAACUCCAAAAGGACACCUAACUCUUCCAUUAAAAAAAUACCAACGGUACAUGAAUGUGAUGGUGACAGAUUUAUCCCUAACAGGUCAUCAACAAAUAUGUGCAGGGCGCGACAUGCAAUUCGAAAAUGCAACGAAGAUCCGUCAAAUGAAGAGGCUGUUGAUUAUCAACAAGCCGUAGCAGAUAGUUUAAAUACUAAUGACUGUCCUGGAAGUCGGAUCCUGCGCUAUAAUGCUGCUGUUCGAGAUAGUGGUAAUGUACACUGCCCCACAAAUAGCUCUGUAUCCGCUGUAAAGGGACUCUAUAAGCGCACUAUACCUCAGAUGCCAGAGAAAGUUCUUGAUGCUCCAGACAUUAUUGAUGAUUUUUAUCUAAAUAUUUUGGACUGGUCUGUGGACAAUAUUUUGGCUGUUGCGUUAAAUCAAGAAGUUUAUCUUUGGAACUCAUCUUCAGGAGAUAUCACUUGUCUUAUGUCCUGUGGUUUUGACGAUGAAUAUGUUUCGAGUUUGGAGUGGUCUCCUGAUUCUCCCAAUAUUAUUGCCAUUGGUCUUAGCGCUGGUCGUGUUCAACUUUGGGAUGUUUCUAGCCAGUCACUAGUACGUACGAUGCGACUUGGAGGUGUCAGUUCUGCCGGUCGCGUACCAGCCGUCACUUGGCGUGAAUAUUUAGUUUCUAGUGCGUCUAAAUCAGGACAUAUUAGACAUCACGAUACGCGGAUCGCUCAUCAUGAAGUCGGAGUAGGUGAUUUUCAUACCCAGGAAGUUUGUGGAUUGAGUUGGUCACCAGAUAAACGUUUCCUUGCAUCAGGAGCAAAUGACAACUUUGUUUGUAUUUGGCCUUUUAGUGAUAUCUCAAAGCCUGAACAUGUUCUAAGAGAUCACCAGGCUGCAGUUAAGGCAUUAUCAUGGUGCCCUUGGAAACCAAAUCUUUUAUGCACAGGUGGGGGAACGUCGGAUCAUACUCUACGCUUUUGGAAUGCAACAACUGGAGCUUGUGUUAAAUCAGUUGAUGUAGUGGCCCAGGUUUCUGGUAUUAUAUGGAAUACAGAAUAUCGUGAAAUUUUAACUAGUCAUGGGGAUCCUCUUAAACAACUGGCUAUAUGGAAAUAUCCAGAAAUCACCAAAAUUACUCACUUAGAGCAUCAAGGUCGUGUAUUGUGUAUUGCAUCGUCUCCAAAUGAAGAAAUGGUUGUUAGCUGUGCAUCUGAUGAAACUUUACGUAUUUGGCAUUGUUUUCAAGUUGAUCAAAAUAAGAAACGUAUUCAUGAAAAAAGUCUACGACCUUCUGUUUAUGCACGUGGUAUACGGUAAAGUCAUACUGUGGAGUUCAUUUGUGAUUGGUGAUUAUGUCCUGUGCAUCUUUUCCACAUGUUUAUGUCAGUUUUUCAGUGUAUAAUCAAUAUUCACCUAACUCCUAUGAUGUAACUAUCUGUAUGUUGUUGCUUCAAUGCAUUGAUUUAACAUAUGAAAAGAAUAUUUUAUUUCAUUAUGCUUUCCUUUCUCUUUAGAAAAGAAUGAAAACUGUAUGUCCUCAAUAAAUGC